UGCCGUUCGUCAGUUGCGCUCGCUUCGUCGUCGCGGAUGGUGAACGUGUUCUCAGUGCGUUUGGGGUGUGCGUCGCGACGCUCUCAGAUCGUGUGGUGAAAUUUCGCGCGCACUCGACGCCGCGGUCGGUUUGUUUUUGUUGACAGAAUCACGUGCGUGCGUGCUCGGUUGUGGCCUUUCACCUCUGGGUAUUUUUUUUGGAUUUGAUGGUGAUACGUGAUAUUGCUCGUUUGGGGAAGUAAAUCCGGUGCAGGUGAAAUUUCGCAACAAAAUUAAACCGAAUCGUGACUGCACUCUCCGGCGUAAACAAGAGGAGAAGAAACGGUUGCGCGUGACGGAAUGGUGCAAAGAAGAAAUUAAAAGAAUAACGUAGAGGAAAACGAAAGAGUGAAGAUCGAACGAGGUGGUGAGGUGCGAUCGAGGCAGAAGGAGGAAAAGAGAGUAUACGAUCGAGCAAAGGAAGAGGAAACAAACAAGGUGAAGAAAACGAAGGGAAUUUACUCACAGAGGUAGCCCCGCACGUCAACAAAGAACUAAAGACCGGAAUUCUAACGGUGGUGGUCGGCGGCGGUAAAAGUGGUGGCCACGGUCUGCCUUUAGGCGCGUAUCUCCGGUUGGCGGGCGCGACUUUCCGUAUUCGGAGUGUGAGUGUGUGGCUGGAAUUUACGCGCGAAGAAAACAAGAAAAUAAAAUAAGUUGAAGAAGAGCAAUAGUCGUUCAUGAUGUGGUGUAGUUGCAGGUAGGAAGAAGUGAUCAACAAGUGCUUUAUGGUGUAGAGAGAGUAAAUUCUGAAGCUGUCGUAGCCUUCACCGGACAGGUGUAACCGUAUACGAAGAAGUGUCUGGUUAAUGAGAGUGGGUUGAAGAAGAAGAGUGGUUGAAAACGUGCCAAGUGAGGGACCACGCGCGCGGUCAAGUAUCUGUGUGAAAGUCAGUCAAAGUCCGAAGGCGCGCGAUGAAAGAGAAAAGAUUGCACUUGUCGUCGCGUCCAAAAAUGCCGUGCAGCGUCCCAGUUUUGGCCGGCAUUCUGCUGGUGACGAUGAUGGUCAGUGCCGGCGUCGGGGCCGCCCAACGGCAGCCGGUCUACAUCAACAAGUGCUGCCGGGUUGGCGAGUACUACGACGACUCGCAGCAGCUGUGCGUGGUCGGCGGCAUCAAAAAGUGGGUCCCCAAGGUGUUUCUCCCCGCCAAAAACCAAAUCUACACCGACGUCGGUAACGCACCGGUCCACAUGAAGUUUCUGGAGAACAAACGCCCGGAAAACUGCAAAGUAACCGCGUACACCACCGACCAAAUCCUCCUCAUGGGCAACGGCUCCCUCUUCCUGAGUCAAAAACACUCCCUAGUCUCAUCCCCCGAAUACUGCGUCGACGAAAAGGUCGCCCUGGUCUGCGCCCGGGACAACGGAAUGGACUCCCUGCAAGCCCCAGAGAAAACGACAUCCGUCUGGCGCUGUUGCGGCCCCAACUUCGCCUACGACAAAGAAAAUCAAACCUGCGUCAAACUCAACCAAUCCCACGUCAAUUACGGCGCACGGAUCGUCCAGUCGGCCCACGUGGACCUGAGCUUCCGCUUCCCCGAUUGUCGGGAGCAUGCCAUCGCCGGAAUCUUCAAUCCGGAUAACCUUCACGAGGACACCGGCUCGGUGUCGAUCGACUCGGGCAAGAUCUUUGCGUCGCACGAGUACUGUCUGGAGCAGGGCCUCGACGGGAAGACGGUGUACGUGUUUUCCUGCGUUGAGCACUUGCAGCCGGACUCGGUGCUGGUGGAGAAUAAGGACCUCCGCUUCGCGCUCUACUCCGCCGGGCUGCUCAUCUCGGUCAUCUUCCUGGCGGCCACCCUGGCCACCGGUUACCUGGUGACCUCGCAGCACCACGUGCUGCACUGGCGCUGCCAGACGCACUACGUGGCCUGUCUCCUGAUCGGGGACCUGUUCCUGGCCAUCGUUCAGCUGUCCGGAAACUCGAUCACAGGGCCGGCCUGCACCAUGAUAGGUAAGCCUCCUGCAGCUCUUCAAAUAAGUCACAGCCUGCUAGGAUCACGUACCUCCUCCCCGAGAGAAGACCAACUUUCUACACCGUCUAAUGACAGCCAAUUUCUCAACCUCAUACUGUGAACAGCAGCAGCGGGA